CCAAUCCCAGACGUGCUACGUUUGCCCCGCCUCUAAGACUUUGACAGACUUUUCUUAUAUAACGACCCAAACUUUAGCUUUUGCGUCAUUUUAAACCCUGCCUUUGUUAACGUUGCUGCACAGGUUUGCAAAAGAAAAGAAACAGUCAUGUCUGACAGAGCGGUCCUGCACUAUUUUAAUGGAAGGGGAAAGAUGGAAUCGAUCCGCUGGCUCCUGACAGUGGUGGAAGCUGAAUUUGAUGAGAUGUAUUUGACGUCGAGGGACCAGUAUGAAAAACUGCUCAAUGAUGGAUCACUCAUGUUUCAGCAAGUUCCCCUGGUGGAGAUUGAUGGCAUGAAACUGGUUCAGACCAAAGCUAUCCUGCAUUACAUUGCAGAGAAGUACAACCUCCAUGGAAAAGACAUCAAAGAGCGUGCAAUGGUCAACAUGUACGCAGAAGGAUUGAUAGAUCUCAUGGAGAUGAUGAUGAUGUUACCCUUCGUUGCUGACCCAAAACCAAAACUGGACAACAUUCAGAGUAAAGCAAAAGAGCGUUACCUACCUGUGUUUGAGAAGGCCCUCUCUGGACCCGUUUACCUGGUAGGAGGUAAACUAAGCUAUGCAGAUGUGCUGCUGCUGGAAUGCACUCUGAUGCUGGAGGAAAAGUUUACUGGGAUCCUUGGCGACUUUCCCAGUGUCAAGUCUUUUCAGGGCAGAAUGAUCAAAAUUCCUGCGGUCAGCAGGUUUUUGCAGCCAGGCAGUAAGAGGAAGCCACAGCCGGAUGAGAAUUAUGUGAAGACCGUGAUGGAAGUGUUCAAAAUUACUGGUCCAUUCCCUUAAAUAUUAAGGGCCCGCUUCAUUCCAUGAGUUAUUAGCAUGAUUGCAAAUACCUUAUCUUAGAUUAUGCUGAUUUUUGAAAAACAUGACUCGACUGAAAUGAAUACUAACACAAAUAAUUCAAUCUGUGUAGUGUAAAAGCAUCUGUGUACUUUUUUUUUCUAACAACAAAGAUAUUUGUUAAUGCAAAAAUAUCAAUAAAUGUGUUUUUGUGCAA